GACACAUUUGCGCGUCGCACCGGCCGCACUUCCUGGCUGUCCUGCUGUUGCUUACCAACCGAUGUAAGCAGGUGGAAGAACAACGAUUUGCUGAGGGCACAGCUGGUUUGAUGCCCACUGCUCCAACAUGGAGCUCCCAGACUCAGUAAUCACACACAAGAACGGGCGACAGAGGAGGCAGGUGGGCGCCAGCGUCCAGUCUGAGAACAUGAGGGACUUUGAUGGAGGGCAGGCGGUCGCCUCUGAGCCAGAGAUAGAGGACGAGGCUGAGGAUCUUCUCCGAGGGUCAGACUCCGAGGAUAACGGGCGUCGCAGAGCGCGGCCUGGCAUCCAUGGCGAGUUAGGGAACGUGUUGCUUCUUCUCUUCCUCUACGUGCUCCAGGGGAUUCCUCUGGGACUGGCUGGCAGCAUCCCGCUCAUCAUGCAGAGUAAGAACGUCAGCUACAAGGAUCAGGCGUUCUUCAGCUUCGUCUUCUGGCCUUUUAGUCUCAAGCUUCUGUGGGCGCCGCUGGUGGAUGCGCUGUACCUCAGCCAGUUUGGUAGAAGGAAGUCAUGGCUCGUGCCCACCCAGUACCUGCUGGGUCUCUUCAUGCUUUACCUUUCCCUCACGGUUGACUCACUGCUGCAGAAUGAGGAGGGACGGGGCCCAAAUGUUUUGACACUCACUGCAGUUUUCUUUAUGCUAGCCUUUCUGGCAGCCACACAGGACAUAGCUGUGGACGGCUGGGCUCUGACUAUGUUAUCCAGAGAAAACGUGGGCUAUGCCUCCACAUGUAACUCGGUGGGCCAGACGGCUGGCUACUUCCUGGGCAAUGUGCUCUUCCUGGCUCUGGAGUCCGCUGACUUCUGCAACAAAUACCUCAGAAUAGAGCCCAAAGACACCGGCAUCGUCACCUUGUCAGACUUUCUGUUUUUUUGGGGUGUGGUGUUCCUGGUUUCCACAACGCUGGUGGCCAUCUUUAAAAGGGAGAACGAGCGCGGCCGAGGCAAGAGGAACGUCCCAGAGGACACGCAGGGUGUCACGGAAACCUACAAACUGCUGUUCUCUAUCGUCAAGAUGCCCACAGUGUUCACCUUCUGCGGCCUGCUUCUCACUGCUAAGGUGGGUUUCUCCGCAGCAGAUGCAGUGACGGGGCUGAAGCUGGUGGAGGCCGGUGUGCCCAAGGAGCAGCUGGCAUUGCUGGCAGUGCCUAUGGUGCCCCUUCAGAUCCUGCUGCCUCUGAUCAUCAGCAAAUACACAGCUGGACCAAGACCUCUGGACGUCUUCUACAAGGCCUUCCCUUUUAGGUUACUGAUAGGGCUGGGGUAUGCUCUGUUGGUGUGGUGGACUCCCAGCGUUAAAGAAGACGGGGUGUUCCCUGUAUAUUACUACGCUAUAGUGCUGCUUAGUUAUGCACUGCAUCAGGUGGCACUGUACAGCAUGUAUGUGGCCUGCAUGGCCUUCCACGCCAAAGUCAGUGACCCGCUGAUCGGAGGGACCUACAUGACGUUGCUGAACACAGUCACUAACUUGGGGGGGAACUGGCCCUCCACUGUGGCCCUGUGGAUGGUGGAUCCACUGACCUCUAAGGAAUGUCAGGGGGCCGUGGGACAGAGCUGCAGCUCUCCAGAGCAGGCCGGGCUGUGUGUUAAAGAGGGCGGCAUGUGUGUGACGACAUUAGACGGCUACUUCGUGGAGUCUGUGGUGUGCGUGGUGAUCGGCUUAGCCUGGUGGGUGUGGCUGGGGAAAAAGAUGAGGCGGCUGCAGGACCAGAGCCCCGCCUCCUGGAGGUGCAGAAUCAACCAAUGAUGACACUCCGCCAUCAGACCCGGUGACUCCUCAUGUUCUGGUCCAAAGUGGCUGCAUACCGGACAUAACUCCAUCCACAUCCGCCUGGCUCGCUCUCGCUCUUCUACUGUUGUUGCCGCUGUAAAAAAAAGACUCACACUCUUUCAUGUCUUUCACUUUGAACCACGUAAACAGGAGGAAAUAUCCCGUGUCCUUCAUCUUCUGUGGAGGUAAAAGAAAAGUCCUUUUCAUUACAACUUGUGUCAUGCUCACUGUGACUGUGUCCUCUGGAGACUUAGAGAACCAUUCAGGCUAGCUAAACUGUCAUACAUAUUUGGAAAAUUAUUGUUGUUUUUUUUGGUCCUUAAACAAAACUUUCUGAUGCUUGAAACAGACAAAACCAGAUGUGAGUCACCUUGUUUGUUUUUUUUUUCCAAAUAGUUCUUGUUUGGUUUAACCUGUGUGGAGUACCAGAUGAGGUGGGGUUUUCUGCAGAAGAUAAUACAAAGUGUACUUUAAAUUUAAAAGCUGCACUAUGCGGCUUUUAAAUGACGGUGGCACCAAAUGGCACCAUGAAGUAUGUGUCUCAGUUUUUUUGAGGCACGUAUGACAUUUAAGAGAUCAGUGAGGCAAAACAUCCGCGUUUUUGAGAAAAUGUGGAAAUGGCUUGUUUUGAGAUAUUUUCUGGUUCAUUAAACAUACCACUUCCUGUGUGUGGGGAUUUCUCACCUUUAUCAAUAAAUGACUUGAUUUCGGCAAACAGGGCAAACCUGUUGUGUCUCAGUUGUGGUGACAGGACACGCUCCUCUGUUGCAGCAUCACUUUGCCUGACAAUAUUGGUAUAUUUUUACAGGAAAUGAAGUGAUUUAUUCAUUUCAUUCAUCUGGCCCCAUAGUUAAUUUAGAAUACAUGUCUGAAUUGUCCUGAUGCUGUUAAACCCCAGCCAGCUGGUAUGCCCCCCCCCCCCAAAAAAAAUCAACACAGAAUUAUUUCCAUUGCUAUUAGACUCAGAUCUGAAGGGAAGCAUUUAUUCCUUUAUUUGCCUAAAGUUUGUGCCUUUUUCAGCUCUUCAAAUGCUGGAGACAACAAUCACUCAAGGCCAACCAAAUGCAACCAUGUUUCAUUUGUUGCAGUAAACUGACCAGAGUAGAUUACUCUGAAAUCACAUUUCAUGGUCAGUCAGUAACAAAGUGGAUUGGAUAAAAAAAAAAAAAAAAAAAAAAAAA